CACAUUUCCACUUGAGUGGUGCCAGGGACGGAAGUUAAUUUCUUGAAAUCCCACGAUUCUAGGGGAACUUUCUGUGCUUUUUUUUUCCAAGGCGGCUUGCUCGUAAAGGUGUUUUUUUUUCUGUACAUUGUCCAAACUUGGUCAUCUUAUGUCGGAGAAUAAUAAUCGAGAGGCUCUGAUUGAACAAGAGAGGGCGCUAAUUCAGUUGAACAGAAAAUCAACACAGACAGUGCACAUCAUUGGGAAGACGGCUCUUAUAUCUACCCAAAAUGACGAAUAUUUCGGCAGAAGGAUUAGCAAACAAGUUGAAGGAGAAUCUCCAGGCAUCACACGUUGAAAUGGAGGAUGUAUCUAGUGGUUGUGGGGCUAAAUUCAAUGCAGUUAUAGUCUCGGAUAACUUCAACGGCAAACCACUUCUGCAGAGACACAGGAUGGUCAACGACUGCUUGUCGGAGGAACUCAAGAUUAUCCACGCCUUCUCCAUGAAGACACUCACGCCGGAGCAGUGGACGAAACAACAGAAUAAAUGACCCCGGGCUUGUGACCUUUGACCUCAACUGAGAGAGAAACACUUGGGACCUUCAAAUCAGGCUGCGUGCCGUCUGGAACUACCAAUGGAUUGUUCUCAAGACCGAAAGAAAACAGGAAAACUCCUCCAGUCCAAGUGCUGCCCAGAAAUUAUGAGACAAUUUAAACUGAUUGUACAAUGUUUGUGGAAAUCCUCGUGAUAUUUCUCCAGUGCAACUGCCUUCGGUCAGUAUUAGUAGUGCAUCUAGCGGGAGCAGAAUGCGGAAAACAUGUAUCGAUUUGUGUCCCAUUUUUCGGCAUUCUGAAAAAUGCUCCAAGAUGCAACUCUGUACAGUAGAUCAAUGACUCGCUGUACUGUAUGCGUUUAUCAUUAUUUAUUCUUGGUAA